CACCCACGCCAUCAGUCGAGUUCCUGUCAACGCUGCGCUGAGAUACUAGUCCUGCACUUACGCACCAGUCCACACGCUGUCCAUAAGUACUGUAUUUUCAUCAGGGCGAGCUUCAUCUGUGCCAUCGCUUGCCGAUCGUCGCCGAACACCAGCAGCGUUUUUUAAUCACAACAUUCUUGUUUUGUAAGUUUCGUAUAAAUAAAUUGUCAGAAUGGCGGAAACCCAGCGCGUAUCGUCCUACGGCAGGUAUCCCUCCUGCACGAAUCGUUCUCGUCUUUUCCGCAGAAAUUGUACAAAUCUACUUUCCAGGAUUUACAGACACAGGCACGAGGAGCAAGACUGUAAUUUCAUGACGUACGACUCGAGCGACGACGAGAUGGAUCAGCUCGACUGGGAAAACGUGAUUGGAAAUAAAUAUUUUAGAACCUCCUUUAACAUCGUAGAUUACGUCAAGUCUCGGGAAAGCAACGUCAGAGAAAUUCGCAAAUUCAACCGGGAAUACAGCUCGCGUCACGUUCUCAGCUUCAAUCUUUUGAAGGAGCAUCUCAUCAGACUGGGUAAAGUGGACAAAGUGUUGAGCUCUCAAUGGCUCGACGAUCGGCACGUCGUGUUCGGUACGAAAUGCCAUAAACUUAUGGUGUACGACGUUAAGACGCGGAACUCGAUUCGCGUCCCUUUGCUUCAAGGGCAGAGUAGAGAGGACGAGGACGACGCGCUAUUCGGUAUACAUUCGGUACGGAUAAAUGCCACUAGGACACUGUUGGCCACUGUGGGCAAAAGUAGCCAAGAAAUAGCCGUUUAUAGAUUGCCAUCCCUGGAUCCCGUUUGCGUCGGGGGACAAGCACACGGUCUUCCCGUGUACGACAUGUGCUGGCUGGACGACGAAUUUUUAGUCUCCUGCUCGCAAGAUGCCAAAAUGGCUUUGUGGCGCGUCGACAAUACAUCCAAUGAGGCGAACCAGCUCUCGACCAGGUUCAUACAGCCAGUUAGCGCGAAAUCCGACAAAUCGAUGAACCAAUGGCUGCGAUCGAUCGUUUUUGACAAAGCCAACAACGAAAUAUCCGUUGUAUCGACGGCAGGCUACAUGCACAUUUGGUCGGCCGGAAACUUCAAGCAAAAAAUGUCCCGCAAGCUAUGUAUCGGCCAGACUUACAGGGACAUUUGCUUAGCUGGGAACGAGAACGGAUUAUACGCGGUUGGCUGCCGGCCUUACACUUUACUCAUGGAUGCGAGAACUUUGCAACCAAUUAAGAAGAUACAAUUGCGGUUCGGUCGAAAUGGUGUAAAAUCACUGAGUUUUCACGAUUGGAUAUUGACGAUAGGAACAGGCAACGGAACCCUCGAGUUCUACGACAUCAAAGCUCAAAAGUAUUUGGAAUCUGCUGUCAAUCCUGGCCAACUUGUCAUGCUGAGGAGAUCCAGGAACAGUAUGCCGCCCGACGAGAACCGGAAUGUCCAAAUCUCGCUUGAAAACAGUCCUGCCAUUUUGACGCACUCUUACGAUCAGUCGUGUAUGCGUAUCUUCGCUGCUGGCGGACCAUUUGGAGCAGAUUCGUACGGGAGUUAUGUUGCAUUGUGGCAAUGAAAAAUUUUAAUUCAUUAUAUGCGCUAUUUUCUUCACUAUUAUACUUUUCUUUUAACCAACCUCACUAUAUACAUCAGAUUCUAUGCUAUAGAUUUUUACAAAACGAGCAAAGAAGAACAUUAUAUUUCUAUUAUUUAUAUAUAUAUAAAUAGCUUUAUAUAUCUGUGAUCGAUUAGUCUGCGCAUAUUCGAUUUAUAGCAUAAGCUUUUAUGCCAUAAAAUAAUUAUUUUUUAGAAAAUAUACAUAUACUAUAUAUAGUACAUUGUACGACGAGGGAAGGGAAUAAGUAAUAUUUCGUGUUGUGCGCGACAUUGAUUCAGAUUUUUGUAUUUUAUCAGCUUCUUGCGCUCUUUCGUUUUCAAUAAAAUAUGUAUCUUGUACGAAAAAAAAAAA